GACAUCAUUGUGUUCCAGAGAGCGGACCUCAAUUUGGGACCGGAAUGUGAAUUACCGAAUGUGAAGGAAUACUUCAAGGAUCUGCUAUUCCGAGUGGAAGUUACGUUCUGUGAUAAGACUAAUCCAACAGAUGUCGGCUUUAUUAUCGAGUUGUCACUCAAAAUGAAUUACGAACAGAUCGCCAAUGCGGUCGCCCAACGGCUCGGAACCGAUCCCUAUUUGAUUCAGUUCUUUAAGAAUCAGAGUUAUCGUGACGGCCCGGCCGGUCCUCUGCGGUGCAACUAUGACGGCACUCUUAAGGAUAUACUCGUCUACUAUAAACCACGGCAACCAAAGAAGAUAUAUUAUCAACAGCUAACGAUACGAAUCAAUGAACUCGAGAAUAAAAAGCCGUUUAAAUGUAUUUGGGUUAAUAGUAAACUCAAAGAAGAGAAAGAAUUACAAUUAUAUCCGAACAAAAACGGAACGGUUCACGACCUGAUAGAAGAGGCGAGAAAGCAGAUCGAGAUGAACGAGGACUGGUCGCAAAAGCUGCGGCUCCUGGAAGUGACCAGUUAUAAGAUCCAUCAAAUACUGGCCGAAGACAUACUGUUGGAGUGCCUCAACUCGACCGGAAACAAGACCUACCGAAUAGAGGAGACGCCCAAAGACGAGCUCCGUAUGGAAUCGGGAGAGUUUCUGGUGCCGGUC